AUGGCCGACGGCCAGCUCUUAAGUGGUCACAUCCACAAGGCCAAGAACUUCCCCGGCAACCUCCUCAAGUCUAUCGCCAGGGCCGACGCGCCCUACACCCACGACCUGCAUGGCUACACUUGCGCGGCGGCGCGGGACUUGAUGCGCCAAGCCUUCAGCGCCGAACUUCCUCACCCGGCUGUUUACACCUUCAUCCUUGGCUGCGGCCAGCAUUCCCUGAAGCAGUACAAGAUUGAGCUUCGGAAGGCAUGCUUGGCGGGCCUCCGAGAAGCAGGGUUUGAGGAGGACCGGCACGCUUCAGACGGAGCCCAGGGCAGGUUCAAGGCCAUCGAUGAUCGGGACCAUGGGAUGCACAUGGUGCGAGUCUUCCCAAGGCUCGGCGCUUCGGCUUCCGUGUCUUUCGAGCCGCCCCCGGAGGAGGAUUUGAAAAGCAUGGAAGCCGAGCUUCGCGUCGAUAGCUUGCAGCAGAGGGCCAGCAGGAACGAGCUGGAGAAGCUGAGUUUGCUGGGUCUGGCGGAGUUUUUGAGCGAGCUGCUGCCCGUGCUCCUGGCGGGCCGCCGCGGCCGGAAGCAUCUGGACCUCGGUGAGGAGCCAGAAGCGUUGGAAUCUCGAGCGUCGGAUGUCCUCGAGGAUUUGCAGGAAGCGUGGAAGCUGGGUUGGAGCGGGCUGCAGAGAGAGCUGGUCGCGGCCCAGAGCCUCACCGCAGAGACCAGAGCAGCCUGCUGCUUCUUGUUCACGGAGAUGGAGGCGCAGCCCACUAAAGGUGGCAGCGCGAAGUUACAAGAGCUCCGCAACAAGGCGGAAGGUCUUCCAGUUUGCCAGGCAGAUACGAAGAAGUCGGCGCAAGAGAAGAAGCUUGAGCAAGCAUUGAAGCCGAUCGAGGAGAAGCUGGAUCGCUGGAGCCGUGGACGCUUCCAAUUCCGAAGCCCGGAGGAGCUGAAGACCACGCAAGUCAAACAGGAAAAGCUCCAGCAGAGCCUGGCAGAGCUGAAACAGGAGAUUCAUCAGGCUGCUCGCCUGCGGACCAGCGCACGUGAGGUCUGA